AUGAAUGACGCUGUGAUAUCUUCGAGUUCGCUAGAGGAAGUACCGGCCGAUGCCAAAAGUGCCAUCUAUAAAGAAAAACAAGAUGAACACUUGCAAGCCGCCAUCGAAGCCAAGAGUAUGGUAGCCAACGAACCAACUGAUGAAAAGCUCCAAUCUCAUGCGAACAGCAACCUCUUAAGAGAAACAAAAUUGUUGAGAGAUACUUUGGAUCUUUUAUGGCAUCAAACUGCAGAGCAAAGGAAUCUAUGCCAAGAAUUAGAACGAGAGAAUGAGUAUUUACAGGAAUACAUCGGUAACUUGAUGACGUCCAGUAAUGUCCUAGAGAAAUAA